CCCCUUUGUGUGCCUUUGGCGCCUUCCUGGCGGUCUCCCCGGCGGCGGCGGCUCUCGGGGCUCUCGGGGCUCCCUGGCUGGGCUGGGCUCGGGCUGCGCGGCCAUGGACAUCAAGAAGCGGCUUACGCUGGAGCUGCGGAACAGGAAGCCGGGGGAGGUGAAGGAUCUGGUCUUGGAUAACUGCUCCUCAGAUGAUGGCAAGAUUGGGGGCCUGUCUUCAGAAUUUGAAAACCUUGAGUUUCUCAGCAUGAUCAACAUCAGCCUUGUGUCUUUGGCCAACCUUCCCAAGCUUUCCCGGCUGCGAAAGUUGGACCUCAGUGAUAACCACAUCUCUGGAGGCCUGGAGGUCCUGGCGGAGCGAACACCCAGUCUGGCCCAGUUAAACCUCAGUAGGAACAAAAUCAAGGACAUCAACACACUGGAGCCCCUGAAAAAACUGCCUAACCUCAAGAGCCUGGACCUUUUUAACUGCGAUGUAACCAUGUUGAUGAGCUACCGGGAGAGCGUAUUUGACCUCUUGCCCCAGCUCACCUACCUCGAUGGCUACAGUGCCGAUGACAAAGAAGCUCCAGACUCUGACCCUGAGGCUGAUAGGGAAGGCCUGGAUAGUGUUUGCGGGGAGAAUGGGGAAGGUGAGGGUCUGUCAAGAGAGGAGGAGGAGGAGGAAGAAGAAGAGGAGCUUGAUGAGGAUGUCAUUGAUGAUGAGGAUGACGAGGAUGAUGAGGAUGAAGAUGAGGAUGAAGAUGUUGAUGGAGAGGAGGAGGAGGAUGAAGAGGAAGAAGAGGAGGAGGAGGAAGAUGGCAUAGAGGAUGAGAAUGAGGAAGAUGAAGAUGAUGAUGGGGAAGAAGAUGAAGAAGAGGAGGGAGAAGAACCCCAGCAUGGAGAGAAAAGGAAGCGAGCCACAGAUGAUGAGGGUGAGGACAGUGAGGAUGACGAGGAGGACUGAGCCAGCUGCCCUGCCCUGCUGUCAGGGAGUGAGCAGUGGCUUGUGGAUGGACUCUGCCAGCUUGCCCUUGCCCUUUGCUCCCCCAGCCCUGGGCACUGCUGGCUCUGGGGUCUGUUCUCUUCCAGAAGGGGCUCAACAGGCACUGCUUGGCCAGGGGAUUUGGUGACCAAAGGUUCUCUCCGUUUUCAGGGGUGUUUUGUGCAACAAUUUGUUGGAAUUCUUUCUAAAUCUUUGUUUCCAAGAAAACCAUGUCCCAUGCCCUGCCUGGGCCCCGAAGGGGCAGGGGCUCUGGCACUUUCUCAGGAUAAACCUUGCAGCCCCCUCCCUCUUCCCUCUUAUUGGUCUUUUUAAAUAAAUAAAAACUGGAGUUUUUUUA